AUGCGAGAACAAUCUUCAGCGCAUGAACGCAUUUCAGCGCUCGCAGGAAUCGGCGCACACUCACUCAACCCCUCCACUCCAUCCCACAAUGAUACCUUGAGUUUCACUGGGCUUCCUACAAGUCAGGGCACUCACGCAUGGCUGCUCCAGCCAUCACACAUAUCCAAGACUGCAAGCCCGUUCCACGUGCUCAUACCCUCCAGAGCCUUCAACACCUCCGAAACUGCUAGAUCGUUGUCAGUAGCGACACAUUCGCCAGCACUAGGUAGCAGCCCGACUAGUGACACUGGCACGGGUAGGGCGGGUGUGAAUGUGCAUCCUUCCUCCCUGCGUGCCAGGAGGCUUCAUGCCUCCGCCCCAACAGCAGUAGCAGCAGCAGUGGGUGGCAGCCCAAAUAGUGACACGGGCACGGGCAAGGCGGGUGUGAAGGCGCUUCAGCCAUCCCCACGUGCUUCCAAUGAGCAUGCAGGCGAGGCUGGGCGGUCCAAGCUAGUGGAGGCGUUUCAGAUCCAAGCAGCAUCAGACCCCAUGCGCGGCUUCAUGGUGGCUCUACGCAAGUCAGAGCUCAGCUUUGAGACCGGCCUUGCGCUCAGGGACCUGCGGGUGGUCAUCUCUGCCCUGCAGAACCAGAUCCCCACGAUUCUCAUCCGCCCGCGGGCCAUAGUGGUGAGUCUGGCGCACGUGCGAGCAGUCAUCACAGCCAACCGAGCCUACGUCCUCAACACCUCCUCGCCACGUCCCAGUCAGCCUGUUCAGCUGGGUCAGCCGGGCCAAUCUGAUCAGAAGACACAAGGGGAGGCGCUUCUGGGGGAGGGUGAUGCGAGGUUUAGGCAAAUGGGAGGGGAAGAAGGGGAGGUGGGCAGGGGAGUGGAUGGGGGGAGUGGGGUGGGUGUGCGAGGGGAGAGGAGGGAGCAGCAGAAGGGGAGGGUUGGGGAAGAGGGGGAUCGGGUGGAGCACUUGGGAGGGAGAGGAAGGACGGUCGAAUUAGAGGGGGUGAGUUCUGGAGAGGCGGUUGGGAGUGGUGGAGAGGCGAGUGGAAGGGGUGCUGGAGAUGGGAAAGCCAACACGAGGGAUGGGAGUGGGAGGGACACUCAAGGCAGCACCACCACCGCCAUCAACACCAACAACAUCAACAACAGCAAGCACUCUCCCCACAGCACAGCAGCCCUGUCAAUCCCGAGACUCGCACCCACCCCGUUCGAAUUCCAAGUCCUAGAAGCCCUCUUAGACGAGGUGGGGGUGACUCUCAAGGUGAAGUACGCGUCCAUAUUCCCGGGCGUGUACCAGGGCCUGAGGGCGUUUGCAGGGGGGCGGGUUCCAUACGAAAGAGCAAUGGCGGAGCAGGAGGCUUUCCUGCGGGCGAAGAACGAGUUGUUGCGGCUGGAGAUGAGCGCGAAUCAGAUCUGCAACGCUGUUCGGGAAGUUCUCUCGAACGAUGAGGACAUGGCCGAGAUGUACCUCUCUAGGAAAGCUGCGCUCCUUCCAGGCACGACCAACUGUGCAGAGCACAGCGAGGUGGAGGAGUUGCUGGAAGAUCAUCUGAGGCGCAUGGAAGAGGUGGUGGGGGAGGCGGAGCAGCUGCUGUCCAUGUCUGAUGCCACGUCAGAGUACCUCAGGACUGCACUUGAUAGUGCCCGGAAUCAACUGAUUGAGCUUGAUGUGCUUGUCAACAUGGCGACAUGCUCGCUUGCCGUUGGGGGUUCCAUCGCCGCUGUCUUCGUUUCGUCGUCCAGGCUUCAUAGCUUGCCGUCCCUACAGCCAUUUUGCGCAUCUGCUAAGUCCUCCCCCGCCUGCUUCCAGAAAAGCACCAUCACCGCGCCAUCACGCAUCGGAUGCAUUCGGAAGCGUUCAUCAGCACCGGGUAAAUGCAAUCCUGGGAGCAGCAGCGUUAGCAGGCAGCGGCGACGGGUGGGAGGGAGAGGCGUGGUCGCAGCGAGUCCUCCUACGGAAGAGGUGGAGGUGCGAACUGAACCGCUGACCAAGGAAGACCUGGUCAACUAUCUGCGAUCCGGCUGCAAGCCCAAGGACAAGUGGAGGAUCGGCACGGAGCAUGAGAAGUUCGGAUUCGAUCAGAAGACGCUCCAGCCAAUGACGUACGAGCAGAUCGCGACGCUUCUGGAGCACAUUGCGGAUCGGUUCUCGUGGGACAAGAUUAUGGAGGGCGACAGGAUCAUCGGCCUGCGAUCGAACGGGCAGAGCGUGACGUUGGAGCCCGGAGGUCAGUUCGAGCUGAGUGGCGCGCCUCUGGAGACAGUGCACCAGACGUGCGCCGAGGUCAAUGGUCACCUGUACCAGGUGAAGUCCAUCUGCGAGGAGGAGCACGUGGGGUUCCUGGGGCUGGGCUUCAACCCGAAGCACGCUCUUGAAGAGAUCCCCAUCAUGCCCAAGGGCCGCUACACCAUAAUGCGCAACUACAUGCCCAAGGUGGGCUCGCUGGGGCUGGAGAUGAUGUUUCGCACGUGCACCGUGCAGGUCAACCUCGACUUUGACUCUGAACAGGACAUGGUUGACAAGUUCAGAGUUGGCCUUGCGCUACAGCCGGUGGCAACUGCCUUGUUCGCCAACUCGCCAUUCCUCGAGGGCAAGCCCAAUGGCUACCUCAGCUAUCGCAGUCGAGUGUGGGAGGACACUGACAAGGACCGCACAGGGGACCUGCCGUUUGUAUUUGAAGAAGGCUUUGGCUUUGAGCGCUAUGUGGAGUAUGCAUUGGAUGUUCCCAUGUACUUUGCAUACCGUGACCAGCGCUACAUCGAUGCCACAGGGCUCUCCUUCCGGGACUUUCUAAACGGCAAGCUCCCAGUGCUGCCAGGGGCCUACCCCAGUCUAAAUGACUGGGAGAACCACCUCACGACCAUCUUCCCUGAGGUGCGGCUGAAGCGCUAUCUGGAGAUGAGGGGCGCUGAUGGCGGGUCAUGGAGGAGAAUAUGCGCCUUGCCCGCCUUCUGGGUGGGGUUGCUGUACGACCGCCAGGCGCUGGAUGAGUGCAAGGCAAUCAUUGCUGACUGGACCGAGCUUGAGCGCUCUGCUCUGCGCACACAUGUGCCCCGCUUGGCACUCAAGACGCCCUUCAGGGAGGGGCUGCUGCAGCACCUGGCACAGGACCUUGUCAGAAUCAGCAAGGAAGGGUUGCAAAGACGAGGGUACAGGGAAGCCAACUUCCUCAAAGAGCUGGAGAACAUCGCUGCUACAGGUGUGACUCCUGCAGAGCGCAUGUUAGAGGCAUACCAUGGCAGCGAGUCCGCAAUGUCGUGGAUUCGGUCGAAUCUGGCCAAGGUGGGCACGUUCGCGGGGUCCGUGGUGCAGAAGGCUGGCGAUGCCGUGGAGCGCGGCGCCAAGAUGGUGUACGAGCAGGCGGAGAGCGCUGUGGUGGGGCGGCCGCACAACAGCUUCCGCCAUGCGGUGCGGCGGAUAGAGGAGGUGGCGUCCUAUGCACGCGGCAGCGAGCGCAAGGAGGCUCUGGCGCGCUGGCUGGCCGCGCUCUCAGAUAUCCAGCAGGAGAUCGACCGGCUGCAGGCACACUUUCAGAGGCGCAAGAAGAAGCAGGUGAAGGGGGAGCGAAAGGCACAGGAAGAGAACAGAAAGGAGGAGGUGAUGGCAGAGUCUGCUGCCAGUGCUGAAGGUUCUGCUGAAACUGGGGCUUCUGGGGCUGCUGCUGAGGCUGCCGCCGGUGAUGCUGGUGCCGCUGUGAGCUCAGGGCGAACGGAAGGAGUAGGAGCGGAGGGGGCAGUGACUGACAGAGCUGGUGGCGAAGGCAAUGCCAGUGUUACUGAGGGUGACCAGGCCAAAGAGCAUGGGGAAGCACAAGGUGUGGACGCAGGAACUUCAGAGGUACAGGCAGAUGGAGCUGAGGCGAAGUCAGAGUCAGUAGCAGCAGAAUCAGGCGGAGAAUCCAAGGAUUGGGUUGUGGGAGAUGGAGCAGAUGCAAAAGCAGGUAGCAAGUCAGAAAAAGCAGGUGAUAUUGCGGCAGCAGGAGAAGAAGCAGAGGAGGUGGCAUCGAUUGGAGAUGGAUCGUCGCAGGAUGAGGCAGCACCGUCGCUGACAAAGUCAGCAUCGACUGGACGGGCUUCCAUGGUGCUUUUCUAUGACCCAGACGCGGGCAACGAGGCCCUUAACUUCAGGGACGUGUUUCUGCGAUCCAGUGCUCUGGAGCUCAUUGUGGCAUCCGUGGUGGUGGCGCCAGGGGAUGAGGACGAGAUGGCGCUGCUGAGAGGGCUGUUUGGCCUCUGUCUGAACCUCUCCUCAACCCAGUGCGACGAUCUGCUCACAGCCCUGCAGUCACUUGGCUGCUCCCUCUCUGCUUACUCCGAACUCAAGCUGCCGAGUGAUGAUUUGGCCACGAUGGUGGCAGAGGCGAUCACAGGGCUGAAGGUCAACCCCGAGAUUGAAAGGGUUGACCUGGAAUCGUGUCGCCUGCAGCAGCUUAUUGCUGAGGCCGCCUCUGUAGCCGCCUCUGUGCCUGCAGCACACCAGCGUUCUGCCUCCUUCGUUGCUGCCUUCGACCUUGACGAUCUUGCUACCGAUGCUACUUCUGCCGGGGCUGUUGCGCCUGAUGCUGCUGAUGCUGUUGAUGCUGCUGAUGCUACCAGUGGCGCUGUUUCUGCCGGCAGUCGUGGUGGUGAUGAUGAUGGUGGUGGGGGUGGGGGUGCUGAUGGUGGUGACACUGCUAGCAGUGGUCAAGCCUCGACUGAAACUGCUGCUUCUGGCAGCGCUGCCUCCUCUUCCGAGCCUGCUGCACCUGCCGAAGCUGAUGGAGCCGCCGCCGCACCUGCCACCACCGCCAAACCUAUCGACAUUCAAUCAGAACCAGCAGCAAACGCAGCAGCCAGCCCACCACCACACACAAUGUUUAGCCCACCCCCACACGUUCGUGACGCCGUAACGCACGUGAACGAGGUGGUAACCGCACGGUCGCGCGACGCCCUGCGCCUAGGUCUGCGCCUCCUAGCCUUAGAAAAGAAAAAGGAAGCGCUGUUACAGAUGGGGGACACGCCGGGGGACAGGGCGCUGAAGGUGGAGCGAGUGAGCUGUCUGGCAGCGGAGUUGAGUGAGGGCAUGGAGGGGCUGAGGAAAAAGGCUGAGGAGUGCCGCCAGCAGCGCCAGGAGGCCCUGGCUUAUCGCAGCAGCAAGGCGCAGGAGGCCCGGGAGGCCGAAAAGGUACUCUUGGCGGAGGCCCAGCAGGUGCAGAAGCGAAAGGAGGAGCUGGAGGAGGAGCUGAGGCGGGUGCAGGCUGCUCUGGACGGCGUAAAUCGGCGGCUAGUGAAGCUGGAGGAGGAGAAGGAGCUCUUCUCGCAGGCCAGCAGUGGAAUCGAGGCUCACCUUUCUUCAGAGGAGGAAUCCCUCAUGCACUCCCUGGUAGAGCAUGAAGAGGACGCCAAGGCACUAGCGGGGUGGAAGCAGUUUCUGCAGCAGUCGUGGCAGCUGCAGCAGGCGAGCAUGGAGGGCAAGGAGCGGCAGCUGAGGGAGGAGAUGAGCGACCGCAAGAGCCGGUUUUGGGAAAUGGCCCAGGGGCACGUGCGGCUGUGUAAGUCUGAGUUGGAAGCUUUUGGGCAUUCGGCCAAGUCGAUAGUGGAACGGCUUAAUGGUAUCAGAGCCAAGAGGGAGCAGGCUGAGAAGGAGGGCAAGGACGGGGCAGUGUCAGACAGCAAGCACAGGCGGUUGCAGUGGGAGGAGCGAUACAUGGCAGCUGAGAUUCAGGUGAAGCGGUGCAUUGGGGAGGCCGAGAUAGCCAUGCGAGAAAUCAGGGCCUGGCUGGACUCUCUUACCUCCAGUGAGGAUUCUUCCAAGCAAGCUCAAAUGCGCUCACUUCUCGCCGAACUUGAGUCCCUUGUAGCUUCGGUCCGAGCCUCUGAACGCCCGAGCCUGUCUCUGGACCACCCAACCGUGCUCCGCGUGCAGAGGCUCGGCAAGUCCCCUGACUCGUGGGCCUCUGCCGAAGCUGCUGCUGCAGGCAGAGGUUCGGCGUUUCCUGGUACGGUGGUGGUGGCCCCUCUCUCAAGCUUUUCUGCUGCUGCUGGGGCUGGUGGGGCUGCGCCAACAGGAACAGAGGAAAAUGUCCCCCCUACGCCUUUUGUCAUUUCGGGCGGGGUCCGCCGUCCUGUAGCUCCUGGUUUCAAGGAUAAGCAAGGCAAGUCAAAGAUGCUGCAAGCUGGUGAGAGUGGUUUGGUGCAGAGCAAGCAGGGGAAGGAGAGCUUCAAGGGCAACAAGAGCAUGGGUGAAGAAAAGGAGAAAGAAGGAAGGCCUGAUGGUGCAGCUGAAACAGGUUCUGCUGAGGAACUUUGA